AUGGAUUAUGCAAAUAAAGGUAAUUUAAGAAGAAACUUAACAAGAAUAAUCAAAAGUGGUUGGUAUCAAAAAUUAUAUAUGUUAUUUGGAAUUAUUUCUGGACUUAAUGAUAUACAUGAACAAAAUCUUAUCCAUUGUGACUUUCAUGAUGGCAAUAUUUUAAGACAUAGUGAAAAAAAAAUUUAUAUUAGUGAUUUAGGAUUAUGUAAACCUGUAAAAUCAUUUUUGAAAGAAUAUAAGAUUUAUGGUGUUAUACCAUUUAUGGCACCAGAAGUUUUAAGAGGCAAACCUUAUACUCCAGCUAGUGAUAUAUAUAGUCUUUCUAUGAUUAUGUGGGAAUUUACAUCUGGGACACCUCCAUUUAAUAAUAGAGCACAUGAUUUACAACUUAGUUUAAGUAUUUGUGAAGGUGAACGUCCUGAAAUUAUUGAAGAUACUCCACAAUGUUAUGUAGAUUUGAUGAAAAAAUGUUGGAAUGAAAACCCAUCAAAAAGGCCAUCUUCUAAAAAAGUGUUAAAUAUUAUUAAAAAAUGGAUUUCUCUUUCUGAUAAUGUCAAAAUUGAAGAUAUUAAUGAAGAAUUAAAAUGCAAUAUUAUGGAAUUUAUAAAUGCACCAAUUGGGCAUAACAAUAAUCUUGCUACUGAAUCUCACCCACAGGCAUAUUAUACAAGUCGCUUACUUAGUUUUACUAGUAAACAGUUAAAUGAAAUUCUCAAAAGUAGAGAUUUGCAAGUUUAUUAUUCAAGUCGAUCUAUUAGUGAAAAAGUGAAUGAAAUUCUUGAAAGUGAAGAUUUACAAGCUAGUGUAAAAAAUAUUAAAACUGAUAAAAAAUAACUAGUAAAUAUUGGUGUUUAUAAGAAUUUAUAGUUUUUUUAUAAGUGAUAUUUGAUGUCAUGCAUUUAACAGAAAUUAUUGUUUAG